AUGGCAUCAAAUGGCAAAGUCGCCGUCGACAAAUUGAAAAUAGGCGCCACCGUCUCGAUAAAACUCAAGGACUCCGGCAGCUGCGAGGGCGCCGUCUACACCGUCGACCCGGUGACAAAAACCGUGGUCCUCUUUUCGGCGGCCGAAAAACCCGUCACGCAAGACAGUAGAGACGUGCGGUUAGUCCCGGAGCACGCCAUUGAUAGUAUAAAGGUCGUGAAGCCGCCCGACGCCAAGGACAAGAAGGCGCUCGUCGCGCCCUUGCCAGCCAUCGACGUCGCGGCGUGCAAGAAGCGCGAGUCGGAGGCCUACGAGGCCAUGGAGGCGGCCAUGGCCAUGCUGAACCCGAACGCGUCGGCGGCGGGGCAGGCCUGCUUCGACGCUUUGUCCAAGACCCUUGAUUGUAGUUGGUCUGGUGAUUCGAUAAAUGUGCUGGACCAGGUUAGGGUAGAUGCGCCCUACACGGAGGACGCCUGCGUGUCGCUCGACGGCAACAAAAGCUCUCUUGAGAGAAUCCGGAAGAUCGUCACGGCGGGCCUCAAAAAAGCGUCCUCGGCGGACGACCUCGCGCAGGCGGCGAAGGCAUAAUAUCUCGUUAAUUUAGAUGUCGUUGCGGUAGUACGCGUCUCGCCGCGAUGGCGUGCACUCAGUCUCUGGCUCGGGGCGGGUUUUUCCAGCAGCGAAUUGCUCUCAGUGAUUUUCGAGCCGCUGGUCGCCGCGGGAACACUCUGGUCUGUGGGGGUUUUCGUUUGACCGCCCAAGAGGCCCGCCGACCGCACACUUAGGCCGCGGUGACAUUUGGCAUUUAGUUCACUCCAGCUUCAAUGCGGCUGUCGCGGAAGAAGGCGACGGCGGCGCGCGAACGGCGUCGUCGCGGUUCUGGGGCGUGUGUUGGGAUCGGCAACACAAGAAAUGGAAGGCGCAGUAUAGUGACGCGGACGGCAAGAAGCGCACCAUCGGCUACUUCGACGACGAGGAGGAGGCCGCGCGCGCGCGUGACCAAGCUAUUCGCGACGCGGGCCUCGAAGGCAAGCGGCGCAUGAACGCCGUCGACGCGACGGGUGCGUUGGUGCCAAAACGAUCUGGCGCGCCCAACAGACUCGAUCAAGACCGUGGCGACCGCUCCGCCGUAGUCGCGCCGGACCAAGCGCACGACCAGACGGCGACGACGUCCAAGUUCUGGGGCGUGAACUGGGACAAGAGCAAGCGGCGGUGGCGGGCGAGCUACACUGACGCGGACGGCAAGACGCGCUUCAUCGGCAACUUCGACACGCAGGAGGCGGCCGCGCACGCCGUCAACGCGGCCAUCCGACGCGCUGGGCUCGAAGGGAAGCGGCGGACGAACCCGGUCGUCGACGGGCAAUUGGUCCCCCGCGUGCGCACCAAGGUUCCGAACGGCCACGGGCCCGCCGCGUUGCGCAAGAAGCGCCGCCGCGACGAGCCCGCCGCCGCGCCGUCGCCGCGCGCCCGCCGCCGCUAG